AUGAUGUCAUCAAGUUUGUUUGUGGUGGUGUUGGGUGUGGUGGCAGCGGUGGGGGCUGACCCCAGCUACCCCCAACCCGCCCCCUGCUACCCCAAGACCCAGUACGUCACCCAGUACCAGACGCAGGUCCAGCAGGUUCCUGUGUAUACGACUGUGUACAAGACCCAGGUCGUCCCCACCACACACUACCAGACCCAGUACCAGACCCAGUACGUGACCAAGUACCAGACCCAGUACGUUCCCCAGUACGUCACCGAGACCGUCUACAAGACCCAAGUCCAGUACCAGACCCAGUACGUAACCAAAUACCAGACCCAGUACCAGACCCAAUACGUCACCAAGACCGAGUAUGUCCCCCAGUACAUCACUCAGACCCAAUACCAAACCCAGUACGUUACACAGACCCAGUACCAGACCGUGUACAAGACCGAAUACGUCCCCCAGUACGUCACCAAGACCCUGGUACAGUACCAGACCCAGUACCAGACCCAAGUGGUCCCAGAGUACCACACGGUCACCAAGACCCAGCAGACCUACAAGACGGUCUGCCCCAAGCCCUCCUACGGCUACAGCUACUGAAGGACCGGUCAGCCAGCAGACCGGAGGGCGCCUCCC